AUGUGGCGGGGAACUGUGUUGCUGCUGCUGCUGGCUUCAUCCAGCCAGGUGUGUCUAGCUACAGGUGAGGUGCGAACUGACGUGGGAGAUGUUGCAGCUGAUGAGUCAGGCAUCAUCUUACCAGGGGACUUGUUGUGGACAACAGACUGCAAGUCGCUGACCGCUUGUGCCGUCACAUGCAUGACUGACCACAACACUGCGACUUUCACGGUGUCAUCGAGGACGACAUCCAUGGGUAAAACAACCUUACCUGCAAAAAUAAAUACCACUCCUGACAUAUUUGACAAUACAUCUUUAUCAAUAACAACCCCAGCAACAAACACUUCUAAACCAACACACACAACAUGUAGUACAACCAACAACACAACUAUAACAACAACUGCAACAUCCGAUGACAGUCCUGAAACACCAGCGACAGCCGACAUAGAAACGACACCUCUGGUGGUCAGCACCCUUGCAACAUCAACCACAUUAUCAACGACCUUGCCAUCGUCAGUGAUAACUGACACACUUGAUAAAAGCGAUCACACACCUGUGACAACCACCACUUCACAGGAGUCAGGUGAAUCUGUACCUGUAAGAGAUCCACCCGCUUCUGUCAGCAGCUCACCUGUAAACGUGACCACAUCUGCUUUAGAUACAGUACUUGUUACAAUUAACGAUACACCCGUAAGAUCAGACACCUCACAGGAGACCAAUUCAGUUACAUCUACAAAUGAUAUAUUUGUUAACAUCAACAACAUACCUGUAGCAACCGACUCUCCAGACACGAAGAUAUUUUCAGGAGAAUAUACAAGCUUGAUUGGACAGAUGACUACAUCGACUUUAGCAAUAAGAAGCUCUGUAGAGAAAAGAUCGUCUACAACCACAGUCAUAUCGCCUACAGCCACAAUAACAACAACACCUGUGAUUGUUAACUACUCACCUGAAGUAACCAGCUACCCUGGAACAACCAUGCCAGUAGAUACAUCUAGAACACCUGCCGGAGUUAUCAAUCCACCUGUCACGACGACUUCCACGCCAGCAUCUACGUCGUUAGAGAUACCUACAGCACAAGCGGGUAUUAACAACAGGUCUACACCAGUAACAACCACACCCACAUCCUCCACAACCACAUCAACACCCACGACCACAUCAACCAUACCCACAACUACAACAACGACCUUACGCAACGACCUGACUUCUUCAACAACAACAACAACUACUACUACGACUAAACUGACAACGCCUGCGUUGACAUGGAGUCAAAGGUUGUGUCGCUGUCACUCCGCUAGCAUCCAGGAAGGACUGACCGACAGUAUCCCAGGGCCACACGCCAGACUGUAUGAGUUUGUACAGAGAGUGGAACCAGGUGAUGGUGACUCACAAGCCAGCCAGACCGGACAAGGAGAUACGAGCACACAACGCAGCCAGACCGGACAAAGUGUUGAAAGCACUGAAAACAAUCAUGCAGGACAAAGCGAUAUCACCACACAAAGCAGCCAGGUCAGAAUAAGUGAUGAGAUCACCCCAAGCAAUGAAGAUAGAAAGGUUGAUGAGAGCACGCAGGGUGGCCAAAGGUCACCUGCAUACGCUGCGCCUACCACGAUAAACACCCUCACAUCCCUGACUCCAUCAACAACUCAAACAGCCAGCACAUCGCCAACAACUGCGUCUGUGUCAAGUAGCACCAGCAUCACCAGUCUCACAGCUACUGCUAGUAGUCCAACUGGAGAAUGGCUGUACAAGACAUGUACCAACGACUCCUGGUGCCACGGUCAGUAUGAUCUCAACACACUGUGUGUCAACAACUUCUGUGUAUGUAAGCCUGGCUUCUAUUACUCCACUGGAGGAAACACCUGUGUUAGUACUUGCUUGGACAAGGAUGUUCUGAACGGUACGCUGGACUAUCCUAACCACGUCAUCAUCUUUCCACUAAUACCAUCGAUGUCUCCGGCUGAUUCUCUCGAUGUUUGUAAAGACGCGUGUUACUCUAACGUCCGCUGCCGUUUCUUCAAUUACUGUAAAACAAUUAAAGAGUGUUUUUUUUUCAUCCUCACAUCGACAACCGUGACCUGGUCCAGUCUUCAACCAUCCACUAACUGCAGUCUCUACAUCAGGACCUGCGCAUGAGUGCAACACGAUACAGGAACGAUCAUGAUGUCAAAAAUACUGAAAUACGGAAAUAACUGGGUUCAGUGCUGAAGGGGCGAAUGUUCGAAGUGCUCCGAAGUCCCCAUGUACACUUAUCUUUUCCACAUCAAGACUUUUCCCAUCGUAGUUUUGAAAUGUGGUGGAUCAGCAUCAAACGGGAAAUUGGCGGGUGGUGGUGGUGAAGGGGUGGGCUCAUGAAAACCGCAGACGACAAGCGAAGGCCAUCCAAACACAUGGAAAAUGUGUCGAAGCUCUUAAAUCUAUAUCUUAAAUCUAUAGUAUACAUACUGUAGUAUUUUAUAAUACCAACAUUUUAUCUUUUAAUACCAUAAAUGUACAUAAUUUCUUUUUUUUAAGUUAAACUAAAUACAAAGUUUAAGUUUUAAAAAAAGCGAAAGCCAGUCAGCGACACACAGACUAGAAAUUUAGAAAUAUAAUUAUGAUAGUAUAUAAUAUGUGGCACAAACAGUUGUAGUAUAAUAAUUUCCUUCUUCAUUUAACACGCUUUGGUUGCUCAGUUCUACAUUUAGUUUUCACUCGUUAUUUGUGCUUCUCGGAAUCUAAGAUUUUAAAAAUGGUAACAAAAUUGUCAACAUUACUGGCAUGUUCC